AUGCAGGAGUUGUCCUGGGUGCCACGGUUGAAGUACAUGCACCCCAUGCACGGGUUCACUCUGUCGCUGCUACACCCGCCCGCUGGUGGGGGACACACACAAGGAGCAGAGGAUGGCAAGCACAGGAGUGGCAAGGAGGAAACAAUUGGGGGGUCCGUGGGGCAGGAAAGGGCAGAGAAGACGAGGAGCAUCGCUGCUGCCAAGGGAGCUGCGGUGUUGCUGGCAGGAGCUGCGGUGUUGCUGGCAGGAGCUGUGGUGUUGCUGGCAGGAGCUGUGGUGUUGCUGGCAGGAUCUGUGGUGUUGCUGGCAGGUGCCGUGGUGUUGCUGGCAGGAGCGGUGGAGUUGUUUGCAGCUGCUGUGGUGUUGCUGGCAGGAGCUGUGGUGUGGUGUUGCUGGCAGGAGCUGUGGUGUUGCUGGCAGGAGCUGUGGUGUUGCUGGCCGGAGCUGUGGUGUUGCUGGGAGGAGCUGUAG